ACUCAGCAGCUCUAAUUUCCGUUCGGGCUGUCGUUUUCGACUCAUCACGUUCAGUCCAGUUAUGGCGUAUAGCGACACAAUGAUAUACUUUGUCUAGCGAAAGGAUCCCAGAGAAUUGGGACCGUGGUGAUUGGAUAAGUCGAACAGGCACGUGUUAGCGGCUGCAGCGCUAACGAAUCUUAUCAGUUGUACAAUAGGUAAUCAUGACUGCAGCAAUCAACUCUAAACCAAAACAAUCAACCAAGCAUGGCCCAUUAUUAGACGUAGGGCCAGAUCCCAAGAGCCCUGCUCCCAGUGCAGCAUCUUAUCAUGCGGAAAUUCAGAGAGAGUCCCAUGGUGGGCCCCAGCCGGCGCGCUGGAACCCAAUGCCCACGUUGUCGGGGUAUGAAAUAGGCUUGUUGCCCUCAAUUGGGCCCACAAGCGUGGAUCAAGCAUCACUGUGUCGGAAGACCUUUCAUGCAGGGGUUAUAUGCUUGAACUUGAGCAACGGCAUAGCGGUGAAAAUUCUUGGUAUCCAAUCACCGGCCCGUGAUUAUCCUGAGCUGUCCACUAGGAACUGUUGCUCUUUUCUUUUGCCUAAAGUUCGAUGCCAUUGGACCUAUGGCCCAAUUGAAGACUUCGCGAGCGUCCUGUGGUUUUGUCUACUCACCAAGGAGCUAGAACCCCUUCAGCACUGGUUAUUAUUUUGGGGGUAUUCGGCAAUAUGGGAUAGCGAGUAUCUGCGUCGUUUGUUGGCAGGGUUCCCUUUGCUAUUCCUUGAUCAAGGAUGGUAAAAGGUGAGAAAAUGGAGACAGUUAGGCCUCGUUUCUUAGAACGAAAUGGUAUGUUAUCGAUGGGAUGAGUGCGGCUGGCUGAUAUCGUCCUGUUUAUUUGCUUCGGGGGGGAAUCUGAGUGGGUGUGCAACCAGGUCGUUGGUAGUUGGAAAUGGAGUUUGUCUUCCGUGGGGUUCGGUAGUAUCUAGCGACUAUGUGAGCUGCAUUGCUCGGUGGGAGGGGGCUUGGGAUGGGCUGACAC